AGAUUUGACGCGAUAAGUUAUUAGAGCAGUGAAUGCUGCGGCUUCCGUCGCGCACGAGCGUUCAGCGGUUUCCACUGGCAACCGGACCCGCGCUCACAAGAACGGCCGCUCGUGCAUGGGGAACAUCCCGGGCCGAUAAGACACGGCGAGGCAGAUCAACAAAAACUCCGCGCCAGCUUUUGUCGUAGCAGCGCGCGCACCGGUUGCCCCGGCAACUGCUAAGCGGGCGCUAUUGAGUUACAGAAAAAGGGGCCCGGGUUGUCUGCAGUCCGAUGGCCCGCACAAAACCGAGCCGGAACCGACUGGUACCUCUGGAGGGGACCGGGUUUUCACAAUUCACACACUUAAGGUCGAUUUUACUGGAAUUUUUGCUGGAUUCAGCCGCAGCAGCUUACAGCAAUAUCUAGUCCAGUUGAAGAAGAAGAGGAAGAGUAGAUCAAGUGGCUUUGCUGCGUGAUCAUGACUGCUCUAGUUCGACCGUCAGUAAACGUUUCAGAGCUGUGUGUGAAUGGAGACAAGUUCCUUGAGGCUGGAGAGCUGGAACGGGCCACCUCUCUCUACACGUCUGCCUUCAGGACUCACGCUGCCUCCACUGUUUCCCACAUGAGGAAACUGGACAAGUCCAGCCUGGGCGGGGUGAUCGCUACUCUAGAACUUUGGCUCGACAGUCACGAGGAGAACCAGCCUACCCAGGGUCUUAACAAAGGCCUGGCUGCCGUGUUUCUGUCCACGCUCUGUCCCAACAACCUGUCAGCCACUAUUUUCAAAAUGGAGUCUCUCCUUCAGAGUGGUGGGCAUGGCUGUGAGGAGAUUUUUGCUCGCUGCACUGCUUUACUCGAAGGAAAGCGAAACCCUCCCCCAGAAGGUUCAGCCCGUGUGGUUUUGGAGAUAACUCGUGCUCUGGCCUGCUUGCUCACUGAGCCUCAGGGCGUCAGAGGCCUGAAGCUUUACCUCAAAGCCUACCUGCAUAACAAAUGUGAAACUGUGGCAUUGGUAAAGAGCAGACAAAACCACCACCUCCGGAGAAUAGCAAAGGCCUUUAUAGACCAAGUGCUGCUCAUGCAUCCCUCUCUGACGUUUGACAGCAAGUGGGCAUCGACAACAAAAGAGAGCGAGAAGCUCGAUGAGCAGGCUUGUCCGGCAGUUAUUGAGUUUUUGUUGCAUAUCUCCCCAAACAACAGCGAAGUGCAGGAGCUUCAAGCAGCCUAUUUGUUUUUGACAGGCAAGUUUGGGGAAAGCGCAGAAGUCUACUCUGGUCUGCUGCGUCGCCAUCAUUAUCAGAAGAUGUCAGAAAGUAGAACAGAUCGGUCGUUCCGAGACGCCCCUGAGAGGAGAGCUCGACUUCUAACCGGUCGAGCGGCUGCGUCUUUUCUAGCAGGUGGAAGGACGGCGGAGGCGUGUCGAGAUUUGGGGGAGGCAUUCGAGGUCCACCCUGCCACUGCGCGAGUUUGUUUCCAAAAGCUCUUCACCGAUCAUGGUACAGGAGUGACCGCUCACAGCCAGCUCCGUCAGCAGGCAGAGAGGGGCCUGUGCGCUUACAAAGAGAGGGUCCUCGGCCGCUCAGACCUACGGUCCACCGAGGGCGUCGAACUCCUGGACCCUGUGAUCGCCCAGUUCCGAACUCUGUGCCAUUUGGAGGCCGACGGGGGAGGCAGAGAGCUGCGGGUGCGACUGGCCGACUGUCUCCUCCUCAGAGGGGAGCACAAGGAGGCGCUCUCCAUCUGUAGCCAGCUAGCCGCUGCAAAAGGCCAGCAGAGCUACCAGAACACCGUGCAGGUUCUUCGCGGGUAUGCGCGACUCCUGUCGGACGACCACGAUGGGGCGCUGGAGGACUUCCAGGCCGUGAUCGCACACAGCGCCCCCCACCCGUCUAGCUGUGUGCGAGCGCUCUGUGGCAGAGGGCUCUUGCGCAUGAUCGGGGGCCGUAGCUACCUCACUGCUUUGGACUAUGUGACAGCCAGCAGGUUGCAUCCUCAGGAAACAGCCCUGACUGUUCACUGCUUGGUGCCGUGGAACUACAGAGGGCUGCUGUUGACUGUGUUACUAGAGCAAGGACGAGUUAUGUUGGAGGGGAGCGGAGAGCACAAGUCCAAGUCCAGACCCGGCGCCGACUCCAAGCAAACCCAAGAGGAGAAUCAGCUGCAGGCCUCGUCGAAAAAAGACCAACACAAAUCAGAGACUCCUGCUGGCGUUCAGUCCCUGGCCAUGAUCCUCAUGGAGUUCCAGCCCGGGGCCGACGGACCUCAGCUUCUGGCAGCAGAUGCCUUGUACCAGCUCGGCCGAGUGGAGGAGGCCUACCGGCGACUGCUUUCCAUCGGCUCCUCGGGGCCUCGGGCGCCCAUCCUGGCUCGUCUCGCCCUGCUGCAGCUGCACAGGGGCUUCCUGUAUGACACCAAUCAGCUGCUGAAGAAGCUCAUCCAGUGUGGUGACACCAGCUGCUUGCGCCCCCUGUUGGCGGUGGCAGAGCAAAAGGACCUAGCACUGCUGCAGGGACACUGCCACGCCGCUGCAUUACGGGUCCUGGAAGGCUCCAGAGAGGAGGCUGCCGUUCGGGAGGCUGUAGCUUAUCUUUCUAUCGCAAUAAUGGCCUCUGGUGGUGAGGCAGCAGAGUCCCUGCUGGAGAGAGCAAGGUGUUAUGUCCUUCUGGCCCAAAGGAAGACAGCCAUCUUUGACUUCAAUGCUAUUCUGAAGGAGCAGCCAAAUCACGUUCAUGCUCUCUGUGGAAGGGGCUUCACCUAUCUCAUGCUGACUCAACAAAAGGAAUGCACUGAUGAUAUUGUGGCAGCUCUUCAGAUAAACCCCGACAUAGUCAUUGAGGACAUCCUGUCCCUUAAAUAUGAGGCCCGCAAGACGGUGUGUGAUUGGCUGCAUCAGUUCUGUCGGACCAAUCUGUCAGACAUCCUGUCCACUAGUGCUGUCCCCUGCCACGAAGAGCUGCUCCGAGAGGCUUUUACAGUCAGCGGAGCUCUAAUGAGGACGGACUGCAGAGAGCCUCGAUGGCAUCUUCUCUAUGUGGAUACCCUCUUAGCCAAAGGGGACGUUAAGGCAGCAGGCGCUCAUCUGUGCCAGGUGUUUGGUCAAGAGCCAAGAGACGCAGUGGCCCAGGCCAGGGUGGGUGUGGUGGAGGCUCGGCAGCAGAACUACCACAGUGCGGCUCAGAGGCUCAGCAAACUCACGGAAAAGGAUCCAUCCACUGUAGAUUUCCUAUUGGCCCUGGUCCCAGUCAGGCAGCGAAGCCCCGUCGCACAGGCUGCUGCACAUGAGGCCAGCAGUGCAUCAUCAGGAGGCCACUGGGAUCAGGCCCUGCCCCUGUUGAACGUGGCAGUACAGGCAGUGGGCGGUCACAGACUCCAGUACCUUCGCCAGAGGGCCGUCUGUCUCGCUCAGCUGGGCUUACACGAGCGGGCCGUAGCCGAUCUGGACCAGGUUAUCAACAGACUCAGCGAAUGCGACUCCAGCCGCUCACAUGACCCUCGCCUUCGGGUGGAGGAUCUGUGUCAACGAGGCCACAGCCUGAUGCACUGUUCCAGAGAAGGAGCCGCUCUGGAGGACUUCACCCAAGCCCUGGAGCUCGACAGGGACCGGGCUCUUCAGUGUGUCGAGGCCGGACCGGGGAGGCUGCGUCUGGCUGAGUGCUUUCGGCGAGGAGCGCUGCAGCACUAUGGGGAGCAGCGGCUCAGUAAAGCCUGGACGUUGACUGAACACGGUCUUGUUGUGGACAGCGAUAACGCAGAGCUCCGCAGGCUGAGGGCAAAGGUCAAACGGGAAGUGGCCGGCCCCUGCAAUGUCAACUAGUAUUGAUAAUCAGAGAAUCAAAGGGGAUUCAGUUUAAAGGUGUCUGUUUCAGUGCCUGUGCCUUUAAAGGCCUUGUUGUAGAACCGUCUAUGAUGAAAAAGGCUUCCAUAGGUUCAUUUAUUCAUUAGAAUUGACACAGAAGUAUUUAUUAUGGUAACGAUUACAGCUAAGCAGUUUAUUGAAUGAGACCGUCAAGUCAAAAAUUUUAUGAUUGAAUCUUUUAUUAGCCUUUAUUUUAUGAAACACAUUUGCCAUUGUAGCUUAUACAUUUUAUGAUUGCAAUAUAAUGUCAAGAUUUAUUGUCAAGUGAAAGAAAAAAUCAAACAAUGACCAUAAUAUUUAUAUGAUUUAAAGGAAUCAGGCAACAUGAAAUUGGGCAGCAUCAUUUAAUUGAAACCACACAUAUAUAAGAUAUUUGAGAAAGUGCCUGAUGUGCAGGAUUUAUGUUUUUAAAAAGGAGGCACAACUUCCUUCAUUCAUACCAAAAAUAGCAAACUUUAGUAUAGAUAAAUUAAUCAUUUAGUCCGGGUUACUGACAAUAAACUAUAUUUAAACACAAGUACAAAGUCAGUACACUGGACUUAAGGCAGUGUCAAAUAUCCAUUGUACUGUACGCGUCUGUUUAAGGCUCACUCAUGCUGGGAAGCGACUUUGCUAUUACGCUGUCACAGUAAUGUACUGAGGCUCCAUGUUGCCGAAGUAGGAUUUCUCCCACUCGCUCAUGAGGUCAAAGUGCAGUGGGCGGUCACAGAAGGUGCAGGACGCCGUGGCGGGGCUGUUGAGCAGCAGCCCUGCCUCCUGCCACACCUCCACCAGUUUCUCUGUGAAGGAAUCACAUUUUCAUGUCAUUUACAUAAUUAUUAAUAAAAACAAUACUUUAUUUC